GGGGCCGGCGGUGCGCUGCGUGUACGCCCCGCUGCUGAGAGCGAGUGGCUUACAUGCGGAGCGGGCAGCCGUGUGUCUGCAUGUGGGAAGUACGCAGACCUCUGCCGCCAGCGUACCGCAAGAGCAGCAGCAACAACAAGGACUACUGUUGAUGCUGGGCAGCUAAAGGUGGUGAUGGCGCAUGUAGGUACUCCGGAGGCUUCAUUUGUUGAACGACUAAUGCUUGGCUUACAGUCUAAUGCAACUGCCGAAGAGGUUACAGAAGCCAAAGAGAAGCGAAAGGCUGAACCGCAGAAGACCCAACAUCAGGGUGCAAAACAUGACAAGUCUAAAGAUGCGAGAGAGGAGGAUCUGUCAUUAUCUUCAACAAGGGCGGGGGCACAGAAUCAUGUUGCAUCUUCUGGUGGUGAUUCUUCUCAUAUUAAACAUGGUGAAACUGUAACCGAAGUAGUAGCUGAUAGUAAUGCCCAUACACCCUCCCCACUGGAAAAGAAAUCACAAAAGCCCUCAGGUCAGGAGAAUACCGUACCCGAUACAGAGAGUCCGGUUGACACCACAAUGUCCCAAAAGGCUGAAAUAACUAAACAAGAUGGCGCAGAAGGUGAACAUGAAGGGACUGUGUUGUCAUCUGGUACUUCAGUCUCACUAAAAACAGAGGAAAGUGGACCAUCAGCAGAGGCAACAUCGUCAACAACUUUAGGCACACACUCUUCUGAAGUUGUUGAUUCCCAACAUAUCACAUCGCAACCACCAUCUGAAAACGCCACAGAGAACAGUAAUACUAAUGAUGGUAAUCCUUCACAGAAUCAUUCACCAACAGAGACGAGUACACUUACCACCCCUAAUCCCACACAGCAGUCAGCUGCAGCUCCAGGUACGUCUGGCACUGGAGGUUCAGAAGAGAAUGGAAAUGCUGAUUCAAUGGCCACCAACAAAACCAACAGUGAAGCACCAAUAACUCCAUCUCCUCAAGGCAACGCUGAGAUCAGCCGUACUCCUACAGAAGCGCCAACUACAAACAAUACCAUUCCAUCUCCUGUACCCAACGCAGAAAUUAACACCAUCGUUCCAACUCUACAGAAGAAGACUAAUGCUGACAGCAGUGUCAAUCCUGUGUGGAUGCGCACUGCAGCACCUCUACUGAUUGUGGUUGUGUUGUUCUCCGUUGUGGUGUACUGA